UCGCCGCUCUAAAGAUGGCGGCGGAACCCGUGAGGAAGCGUCCCCAUCCGGAGGGAGGCUCUGCGGACGGCGAGGGGUUUCAUCCCAGCCGCGCCGGGAAGAGGCGGCUGGUGGUGAUCCUGGAGGGAGCGUCGCUGGAGAGCGUCAAGGUUGGGAAAACAUAUGAAUUGCUUAAUUGUGACAAACAUAAAUCCAUGCUUCUGAGGAAUGGCAGAGACCCUGGAGGAGUUCGACCAGACAUCACCCACCAGAGUCUCUUGAUGCUCAUGGAUAGUCCUUUGAAUCGAGCUGGCCUUCUCCAAGUAUAUAUCCAUACAGAAAAAAACGUUCUUAUUGAAGUCAAUCCACAGACAAGAAUUCCUCGCACCUUUGAUCGUUUUUGUGGUCUUAUGGUUCAGCUGCUGCAUAAGUUUAGUGUCAGAGCUGCUGAUGGCCCUCAAAAGCUAUUAAAGGUGAUAAAAAACCCAGUGACAGAUCACCUCCCUGUGGGCUGCGCAAAAAUAGGCACCUCUUUCUCAGCCCCUCAGGUGACAGACAUGCGUGACCUAGUCCCUACUGCAAACCCUAUAGCCAUAAUUGUGGGAGCAUUUGCUCAUGGAUCGAGUCAACAUAUUGCUCCCAACAAACGGUCCUCAUUUUACCAACCUUGGAAGGAUGGAAGGCUGAGUCAACCUUGAGCUUGUGAGGAUUGAACUCCUGCCAGUGAGCAGUGAAUUCGCCUGCAAUAUUGCAUUCUAACCACUGCACCACCACAGCUCUUAAUUAAUGAUUAGCAAUAGUUGCUGUAUAUUUCCACCAGGUUCUCCACAUCAUCUCUUUUUCCUCCCCAAAACUGUUUUAAUCAAAAAAUAAAUAUGGAACGGAUAUGCCACAAAGCCCUAACUUCUAGCAUCUUAUUUAUCAAUCAAUUUCUUUAGGCCCUUUA